AUGAAGUCAGAUUCCGCCGACCGACGGCCAACAAGACCCCAUCAGGUGGGUGCCCCGGCACAGGAGCCAGAGCAGCUUCCCUGCCCACGCUGCGCCUCCACCAACACCAAGUUCUGCUACUACAACAACUACAACUUCUCUCAACCCCGCCACUUCUGCAAAUCCUGCCGCCGCUACUGGACGCACGGCGGCACCCUCCGCGACAUCCCCAUCGGCGGCGGCAGCCGAAAGAACGCCAAGCGCUCCCGCACCACCGCCCCUGUAGCCCCCGCCGCAGCCGCCGUCACGCCCACCGCCUCCGUUGCUGCCACUGCGCCGAUUCUCGUUCCUCUCUCCGCUGGCGACCACGGCGGCCCGGUUGGGCUGAACUUGUGUGGGAGCUUUACUUCUCUGUUGGGAGCCCAGGCGCCGGGGUUUCUGGCGCUUGGUGGGUUUGGGCUAGGCCUGGGUCACGGUUUUGAGGAUGUGAGCUUUGGGUUCGGAAAGUCCGGUUGGGGCUUUGCGGGGGUAGGAGAGGAUGGUGCUGCAAGUGGCGGUGCCGGUGGGCGGGGCAGCGAUGGUGCUGGUGUGGUUGGGAACGCAUGGCAGCUGGAGAGUGGAGAAGGCGGGUUCAUAGGUGGGGAUUGCUUUUCUUUGCCGGAUCUUGCUAUUUCAACUCCGGGUAAUGGCCUGAAAUGA